CAUUGAAAUUGAGGCUCAGCACAACUGCCUUAAAGAAAUGAGGCUAAUUCAGAAAUUUUGUUUCAGGAAUCGCAUCGAGAGGACCGCGUCGAAGCGAUGGCGGGGGUCGGUGCGGCGGAUUAUAUCGGCGGCUAUUUACAAUCUAUCCUGCUUCACGCACGGCUGCAGCACGGGCUGGGUGUCGGGCGUGCUGGGGCGCGAAGCCCUGGCGGGCGGCGCGUGGCUGGCCGCGCUGCCGUGCCUCGUCGCGCUGCCCACCGCGCCCUUCUUCGCCUUCCUGGCCGACGCCCGCGGCAGGCGGGUGGGGGCGGGGGGCGUCGCCGCUACUUUUAUUUUAAGUUGGUCGCUGGCGGCGUGGUGCGGUCCCCGUGGCGUCUGGGCAGCCAGAGUAGCGGCGGGCGCAGGAGGUGCGGGGGCUUUAGCACUAGCCCCAUUAUACUGUGCUGAAAUAUCGCCGAGGACUAAAGGGUUGGCUGCUAUGCCUGCUCUGUCUAUCAGCUGCGGUAUCCUCUUCGCUUUCGUGGCAGGCGGUAUACUGUCAGCGCAUGCUCUCUCUCUGUCUAUGGCUGCGCCUCCAACGGUACUCCUACUGUCACUGGUGUGGCUACCAGAGACGCCUUCUUUUCUCAUCAGCGUCGGACGGAUGCAGGACGCAGCCAGAGUAAUCUGCUGGCUAGACGGCUCCGACUUCCGCGAAGACCUAACGGAUGCCAUCGAGCAGCAGGAAGUCAUGAUCAGAACGGAGCCAAGCCGUCGAGAGUCCGAGGCACUACAGCCCAUGCUCAGACGCAGCCGGAGCGAGGGCACUAGCGAGGGCAAGGAGCAGUCCGUGUGUCGGGAUCUAUUCCGCCAUCGCCGCUCCCGACGCGCGCUGAUCUCCUGCUGUCUCCUACUGGCAGCCGCGGCUGGCAGCGGCGCGGGCGCAGUCAACAGCUUUGCAGCAGCCGUGCUCACUCACUCCGGGCACUCGCUGCCAGCGCUGAACCUUACUGCUUAUAACUUUACUGUGUAUAACGGGACAGUGUCCCGUGGAUGGAGACAGACGUCAGAAACGGGGUCCGUGCUCUGUGGCACGGCGCUUGUCCUUGGAGCCGCAGUCGCCACGGUGACCGUUGAUAAGGUUGGACGGAAGGUGCUACUUCUAAUAUCCUGCGUCGGCAUAGCAUUUUGCCUCGCCAUCCUCGGCCUCUACUGCGACCCUCGCGCUCACAUGUACUCCUGGUACCCGCACCGACUGUGGCCUUAUCGAAAACCUAUAGUCAAAGAAAAAACACACAGCAACUAUACAAACGAAUAUAUGGCUAAAGAUGCCUUAAGAAAUAUAACUGAUUCAAUGCCAUUUCAUUAUUUAGGAAAUGAAAGUAUAGCAGAAAUAAGUCUACAAACAGCAGAAAAUGAAGUUAAUAAUAGCGUAGAAGAAACAUCAUCGGUGAAAAUAGACCCAAACCCAAUGGAGAAGAUUGUUGAAGAUUCUAUAUGGCCACCAGUGAUACUCCUGUCAAUGGUUUUGUUCCUGUACAACAUUGGUUUGGGAUCCGUGCCUUACGUUUUGAUCUCGGAAUUAUUUUCAAUCAAUGUACGCAGCGUCGCAUCAAGCUUGCUCAUAUCCUGGAUGUGGCUCAGCAGCUUCUUCACUCUUCGCUACUUCGGUUCUCUCGCCCUUACCCUCGGUCUCCACGGCACCUACUACAUCGGUGCUUUUAUCACACUCCUUGUCUCUUGGUUCAUCUACUUCAUGUUGCCUGAAACAAAAGGGAUGAAUCAAAAGCAAAUUGAUGAUCUGUUGAAUGGACCACUCCUGGUUCAUAAAAAAAGGAAACGCAAGGCGAAUGAGACUUGAUCUUCGGAUUUGACCGAGAGUCGAGUUUCGGUGUUUUAAAAGCAGAAGAUAUCAUUGAAUAUUAAAUCUAAACGUCAAGUGUGUUGGAUACAUUUGGAUAAAUAUGGCUAAAGAGGAAUUUCAGUCAGACAUCACACCAAACAAGCUAUUGUAUUUCGCAUAUCAGAAUUGGACAAUUAAGUAUUUCCUAAGAAAAUCGUUUCUGUAUCUAUCACUAUACCUAUAAAUAGGUUCUGUAAGAUAUUAAUGUUUAAGAGUAACAAUAAUCCGCACAAUUCAAAUGAUUUAGGUAUCAAGAUAAAAGGCAAAAUUAGAAAUAGUUUAAUAUGUAAUAAAUACACUGAGAAUCCCUUUUGAUGAACUUGAAAAAAUUACCGGAUAAAUAGGGAAUUUGGAAGGCAUGGAAAAUAUUUUAAAAGGAAAAUAUUUUGAUCAGAUAAUGAACUAGAAAAUUAUGUUUUAGAUGACGGAAGAAAGAGACAUCUGAAUAAGUUUCUCCGAAAGGAUUCCUGGUCCAAAGUCUUAACUAAUCUUAGCAACGUCACACAUUAUACUGAUAGAAAUAUUAGAAAAUUCAUUUUCUCUAUAUUUUAUUGUAUUUGGGGUUCCUGAAGUUCCAAGGGUUUAGGAGUUUUGUUCGUAAUUUAAUUAAUCAUUUACAUUAAUACAAUUAUAAAUAUUCUCCGUCUAGUCUUUGAAAUUGACACGAUUUUUUCUUCAUAACUGAUAACGAAUGGAUAAUCCUC